AUGAGAUACUUCUCUGACGUUAAGAUGGACAAUGGUGACAUCAACAUUUACGAUUACCUCGACCGUAUCGAAUCUGCUGUUGCUAUGUGUGCGAGUGUUGGCCUCCAUCUACAACCCAGUCAAAUCAACCUACACUAUCGUGAAGGCCUCCAUCCCACUCUGAGGAAGACUGCAGACGAGAACUACGCGGCCAUCGAUGAUGUCCAACAGCUUACGCAAGCCCUACGUAGCCAUAUCCGCUGCAAUCCAAAGCUCUACAUCAGCAAUGCUAAUUCAAACAAGGCCCCUCCGGUAUCAACUGCUACUUCUACUAAGGCUCCUAAUCCCAAGCUUCCUAGGGUUGAAGACCCCGAGACUCUCAAACUCUGUCGAGAGCAAGGGAUAUGCUUGGCCUGGACAGCUCGCAGGCAGUGCCGCUAUGCCGAUAAUUGCAAGUACAAGCAUAGUGAC